UCUCUCUCUCUCUCUCUCUCUCUCUCUCUCUCUCCAGUCACAAAGACUCCAACUUGCCUUAUCCUUGCUGUCGCGCAUGAUCCACCGAAACGAGACAAUCCCCAUUCACGUUCUUCCCCUAAAAAAAAUAGAGCUUAAAAAUCCCACCUUUCCCCACCCCCCACCUCCCUCACGCACAUGACCUCAAAAAUGGCGUCUUUGUGAGGACGACAAUGCGAGCUCGGGAACGAGAAGAGGGCCAACAGCCCCACCUUUCUCCAUGAUCUCAACCCAUUUCCUCUUCUUCUACCUCUAACCCCUGCACCCACCCAAAUGGGUUUCGCCUCUCUCCUCUGCUUCCUCUCCCUCGUGCUUUUGGUCGAACACCUCGCGUGCCAGGAACCCAACACCGACGCGUUCUUCGUCUCCCACUUUGUCUCCAAGAUGGGCGGGGUCGUCCCCACCUCCUCCAAUGGCUCCUCUCUUCAUGUAUGCUCAUGGGGGUGGGUCUCGUGCGAUGCCCAGAUGGAUAAAGUCCUCGCCUUGCGCGCCUCGGGGCUCCGGCUCUCGGGCCCGAUCCCGGAGAACACCAUUGCUAAGCUCACAAAGCUCGAGCACCUCGACCUCAGCGACAACGACGUCACCGCGCUCUCCGCGGAUAUAUGGGAGAUGGGGAGCUCCCUGAGGAGCCUCAACCUCUCCUUCAACCGCGUCAAUGACUCCCUCCCCAACAACGUCGGCGACUUCGGCAAGUUGGAAAGCUUGGACCUUUCCCACAAUGCCUUCUUUGGUGAGAUCCCUACUGCAUUGAGCUCCAUUUCAAAUUUGGCCCUUUUAAACCUCAGCAGCAAUCGAUUCGAAGGCGAAAUCCCCGACGCCAUCCUCCGCUCCAAAUCUCUGGUUUCCGUCGAUUUCUCGGGCAAUUUACUCUAUGGUACUCUCCCUGAUGAUUUUGGGAAUAGUAUGCAAUCUCUUGAGGAGUUGAACCUUGCAGGGAAUAGGAUCAAUGGGAGUUUGCCCGCUUUGUCGGGGCUUAAUUCGCUAACUUAUCUCAAUCUUUCGGGUAAUCUUCUCCACGGAUCGAUCCUUGGGGGUUUUCUGAAGAAUCUGCAGGUCAUAGACUUGAGCAAUAAUCAGUUCCAAGGCCACAUUUUGCAGGUAAAUCUCAGCUCUAGCUUCAAUGGCUCUUCGUUGGUUUAUCUCGAUUUGUCGAUGAAUGAACUCAGCGGGGAGUUCUUCGACGAUUUGGGCCAUAUACCGUCGCUUAAGCAUAUUAAUCUUGCAUUCAAUAGAUUCUCUGCCAACAAUUUCCCUCAUUUAGAACAACUCUCCGGGUUGGAAUACCUUAACCUGUCGAAAACCAGCCUCAGCGGCCGGAUUCCGCCUGAAUUCUCUCAAUUGGUUCGAUUGAAGACGUUGGACCUGUCGCAAAACCAUAUUUCUGGGCAAAUUCCCGAUUUGAGUGCCGAAAACCUCCAAAUUCUCGACCUUUCGGUGAACAAUCUCACCGGCAAUAUCCCUCCAUCCCUUCAGCAGAAGCUACCUAACAUGGAAAGAUUCAACUUUUCCUACAACAAUCUCACUUUUUGUGCUUCCCAGUUGUCACCCCAAUCAUAUAGCUCUUCAUUCAUCGGAUCUCGGAGUGAUUGCCCGAUUGCAGUAAACCCGAAUCACAUUCGAAGAAAAGAAGCGAAACGCAGAGGGUUCGCUCUCGCGCUCGCCAUCGCCCUGUCGGUGUUCUUCUUGAUAGUCAGUCUAGUUUGCCUUGCGCUUGGAUACAGAAAGAAAAGAAGAUCAUUGUCGGUUAAGCAACUAUCCUACAACGAAGAUCAAAACAUCUCCGGCCCGUUUUCCUUUCAAACUGAUUCCACGACUUGGGUCGCAGAUGUUAAGGUUGCGACAUCAGUCCCCGUGGUUAUAUUUGAGAAGCCGUUGUCGAACUUUACCUUCGCGGACCUCUUAAAUGCGACUUCUCACUUUGAUAGGGGAACUUUAUUAGCUGAAGGGCGGUUCGGUCCGGUUUACCGAGGGUUUCUACCCGGCGGGGUUCAGGUAGCAGUGAAGGUGUUAGUUCACGGAUCGGCGUUAACCGAUGAGGAAGCCGCAAGGGAGCUCGAGCGGCUUGGCCGAAUCAAGCACCCAAAUUUAGUUCCUUUAACCGGCUAUUGUCUCGCUGGAGAUCAAAGGAUUGCAAUAUACGAAUAUAUGGAGAAUGGAAAUUUACAGAACUUGUUGCAUGACUUGCCGUUAGGCAAUCAAACGACCGAGGACUGGAGCACCGACACUUGGGAAGAUAACAACGGGGAAGUACACGGCAUCACGCAGGAAGGAAUCGCAACAUGGAGGUUUAGGCACAAGAUCGCGCUGGGAGCGGCUCGGGCAUUGGCUUUUUUGCAUCAUGCAUGUAUCCCUCAAAUAGUUCACAGGGAUGUGAAGGCGAGCAGCAUUUACUUCGACUCGUCAAUGGAGCCCAGGUUAGCCGAUUUCGGGUUGUCGAAGAUCGCAGGGACUAACUUGGAAAGCGACUUCUCUCAAGGGUUACCCGGGUAUUCUCCUCCCGAGUUCUCCGACUCGGAGAACUCGGCCGCGACCACUAAAUCGGACGUGUACGGCUUCGGAGUAGUGCUUUUCGAGCUUAUAACAGGGAAGAAGCCUUUGGGGGAUGAGUAUGGCGACAAAGGGACUAGUUUGGCGAGCUGGGCUCGAGCAAUGGUGAAGAGGAACGAGGGGUCGAGUAUAAUCGACCCGAAGAUACGGGAAACGGCGUCGGAGAAGGAGAUCGAGGAGGCGCUGCGGAUCGCCUAUCUCUGUACCGCGGAUUCGCCUUCGAAGAGGCCGGCGAUGCAGCAGAUCGUCGGGCUCCUGAAGGAUAUCGAGCCAAGUGUUUGAUGAAAGGAUGUGUACAGUGGGUUAUUUGAGUGAGCCACUUUUGAUGAAUUAAAGAGAACUAUGUCCUUUGUUUUUGUGAGUUUCUGAUCAAAAUGAUAUAUAGAGUUGUGUUUGAUUUUCCCACUAAAUUGCUUGUUUUCACUACUCUCUUUUUUGAUACAAUGCUGUUUCCAUUC